GUUCUAGAACACGGAAGCUUGAAAACUGUUAGCUACUUGUGGGAAGACUGGUAAUGUCAACAUCAACUAUAAUAAUUUCGUCACUGCAUUUAUGGGACUUUUGAAAAUGUUUAAGACCAUAAACGCUGUCAGACAGUUCUCUACCGUAGCCACAAUGGAACACGCAGUUUCAGAACUGUGUGUCCCUGUUCCAUGGGGACAAAUAAGGGGAAAAGUCUGGGGUCCUGACUAUGGCCGUCCAGUGCUCUGCCUGCAUGGCUGGGCUGACAACUGUGGGUCUUUCAAUACACUAAUUCCACUGCUGCCCAAAGAGUGGAGGUAUGUGGCCAUGGACAUGGUAGGCCAUGGUCUGUCCUCUCACAGGCCAGAGGGUGUGUUCUACAUGUUCCCUUCUUACCUGACUGAUGUGUGCCAGGUCAUAGAAGCUCUGCAGUGGAAACGCUUCUCAAUUAUUGGACACAGUAUGGGAGGCAAUGUGGCUUCUUUGUUCAGCACGGUGUAUCCUGAGAUGGUGGAGAGCCUUAUGCUGCUGGAUUCGUAUGGAUUCAUGCCCACAGAAGUGGAAAACAUGCCUGGAACGAUGAGAAAAGGGAUUGAUGAAAUGAUUCAGUAUGAAAAAAGGAAAGGAGAGAAGACAGAAAAGGUGUACACAUAUGAGAAGGCAGUGGAGAGGAUGAGGGCAGCAAACCCCUCUCUGUCUGAGAAGUCUGUACACAUACUUUUGGAGCGAGGGAGCACAGAGGUUGAAGGAGGUGUGGUGUUCAACAGGGACUUCAGGAUCAAUUUGACCAACAUUUUGCGCUUCAGUAUGGUGCAGUCUUUGGACAUGGUGUCCAGAAUACAGGCCCGGGUUCUCAUGGUGCUGGCGGAUGAGGGAUUUCGUAAAACACUCGAAGAGUCAGAAAAGAAGCAAAUGUAUGAAGAGCUACUGAAGGGCUUCACUGACAAAGGGGCCAGUGUCGUGACCGUACCGGGGGACCAUCACGUGCAUCUGAACAGCCCAGAGACUCUGGCCCAGAUCCUCACCCAGCACUUACAGGGCCAAGCCGUCACACGUUCAGACAGCCCGGUUACCAGCAAGGACUCGGCUAAACUGUAACACACACACACACACAUGGGCACACAGGUACGCAAGCACACAUUCAUGCCUGAGUAUACCCACACACACACACACACACACACACACAAAUGGGCACACGCGUACGCAAGCAUGCAUUCAUGCCUGAGUACACACACACACACUCGCGCAUUCAGGCCUGUGUACUGACACACAUGCACAAAUGCAGACGUGCAUACAUCCACAUGCAUACAAGCAUAUACACACAUACUGAAUGCCAACACAUACACCCAGUACACAUUAAAACUCAGUAGUUAAUAAUAAUACUACUACUACUGAGCAUCGUCUGAUGAACCAGAUCCCAGUAAAAACAGCGAUAGCUAUACUUGAGUUUAACUUUCAUAUUUAUUUGCAAAGAAAUGACAGAAAGUGAGAAAGCUUACCGGCUUUCUGAUUUGAAUCAGACAUAGUAAGACUCUUAUACACACUUUUCCAGAAGGGGGGGCUUUACCAAAACAAAAAGACAUGAAGCUGGCCACUAACAUUUAUCAGUAUUUUGUCUUCUGAAUACCCCUUCUUGACCUUGCUCUAACACCGGAAUGUGCUAGCUACCCCCUUCCAGGUGAAGCAGAGACAUUAAGGUCUAAGGCUGUCUGUCUGCUGGCAGAGAGCCAGAGAAAGACCCCUAGUAAGCACUUAAUUCAGAAAGUGGUCUAUAAGGAUAGUAAUAAGGAUUAUCACUGAAAGGUUAUUUGUAAUCACGUGAUAGUCUUUAUGUUAACACACAUUGUCAAUUAAGAAUCAAUUAAGAAAAUUACCCUUACAACAAUAAUAUAAUAUAAUAAUAAUAAUUUAGUGUAUUAUCUUCCUCAGAUCCAAGGUCUCUGAAGAAAACUACUUCUUUUUUUUUUCACUCAUGUUUCAAUGUUUUUUAUUAUGUAUUCAUCUAUUUUUUUUAUCUAUUCGUCUUUUUUAAUUUGUCAUUUUUGGCACUGCUAACAGUUAUUGUAAAUAAAAUCAAACAAAGUGAAA